AAAAAAUUCGGAGGAAAUUGCAAACUUGCGGGUAGGUGAGAGAUAGAGUUCCCACGCGAUGCUUAAGAGCGUGAGAAACACUUUCUUUAAACCCUCUUUCAGCCAUUUCACUCUCCAUACACUUGCCGCUGUAAAGCCCUAAAAAUACCCAAGAGCAAAAAUUCCACACUAUUAAAAAAAAAAAAGUUUGGAUUUUUCAGCUUAGCUUCUUCAAAGGUUUUGCCAGGUAUGGGAACCGGAGGAGUUAUUGGAGAUAAGUGGUCUAUGAGGAUUCUCUGGCUUUGUGCAAUUGGAAGUGCAAUCAGCCUGUAUAUGGUGGCUGUAGAAAGACAAAAGCGGAACAGAGACCAAAUGAUGGCUGAAAGUUUAAAGGCCAUGGAUUCAGAAGGCAAUAGCGAGCAAGCUUGAAUGUUGACAUGCUAAUAUGUUUACAAACUUACCUGUAACAACUUGCUAAACAGCUUCCCCAACAUUUUCGAUGGGGUCCUGUGUGAUGUUCAGAUUGGUGGGAUUUUGUCUCCUGUGGUAAUAAAUUGUUUAUUAUUGAGUUUCAAUGGAUGAAAAUCUUAGACCAAUAAUGAAUGUU